GGGACAACGGAUCAGAUUACGCAUGCGUGUCAGCCACGAUCCCUACUUGCGUCCCGUCGAAGGAUUUCGCUUCUCCGCUCGAACACGCAAGGCAGCUGUUUGAUUUGCUCCGAUAUUUCGUCAUCGCACGAAGUGCCGCUAGUCUGCAUCAUUGGUGGGAUGGUACGACGCGGUGCCAAACGUCCCUCCUUCAGAUAUGGAUUUAAGCGCACCUGCUUUCCACGGUGACUUGUGAUUUAAUGACACAUCUGUUCAUGUUUUCCCAGGGUGGUAGAAUUCAUGGACCUUUGUUAUUCCCUCAUCAUAACAUCUGAUCGAGAUGCCCGGCAAAUUUGCGUCCAGAGCUCCUUGGAAGCGCUCUGCAUGCGAUCGCUGCCGUGCCCAGAAGCUGCGGUGUCACCGCGACGAAGAGGGAUCUACAGAAGCAUGUCUCAGGUGCUUAAAGUCGGGAGCGAAAUGUGUUACCAGUACGGCCCGACCAACGGGUCGCCCACCUUCGCGACUACCACCCCGGAUCGACCAAACCGAUAAUAGCUCCUCCUCACAAACCAUCAUUUCCUCACCCGGCGGGAACGGCAACGAGGCGGAUAUCGACAUGAUCGGGCUGGACUAUGAGAUGUCUGUGGACAGCUUCCUGCACAGCAUAGGCAUACAGCAUUCCGACUUGAUCACGAAUGACGACAUAUUGGUUGACGCUUCCCUGCCCUCUCAAUCAACAAGUCAACGAGGUGUUUCACCAAUCAUUGUUCCAUCGCAGAAUCAAGUGGAGGCCAGUUCAUCCCACUCGGCCUCGUACCAAUUCAAUGGCAUGCCUGGGGCUGGCCCCACGGACCCUGGAUUGCCUAUCUGGACAGACGAUAUCGAGCUAAUGUUAUCAAAACUGCACUCGGAACUCUGUGCGCAGCUCUUCUCCAUAAGAUCAGUACCGUGGGACGUCAAGGGCACCCUGAGCCUGACCGUCUCUCACAAGGGCAAUGGCGAAGAGCUAGAAACCUCGGAGCCACAUCCUCUCGUCCAAGUGUCCAAGGUAUCAACGAAACUUGAAAGAUUGCUGGUUGGGCUCCGACCGCCAGGAACUGCCCAACACGCAGCUUCGGCGUUUUCAUACACUCCAUCGUUUACGCCACGCCUACGCACGACGCAGCUUCUGGUUGCACUAUCCUGCUAUAUACAAAUCGUCUCCAUCUACGACAUCAUCUUCUCCAAAGUCUUCGACUUCUUAACCAACAGUUCAAAAACUUUGAUUGCGACAGGGCAAUCAUCCAGUCCAACGCUUUACCUCGGAGGCCUGCCGAUUCCUCCAGAUCAGACACUGUCAGGGAGUCUGCUUGUGCAUCUGACAGAACACCAACUCCACCAGGUUGAGCAAUUGAUGGGCCUGCCGGAGCAUUAUCGAGUAUCGUCAAGGUUGAAAGACGGAAACAAGGAUGGAGAGAUGGGGUUAUUCGGGGGUCAAAGCUGCCAAUCUCUCCUCAAUGCUGUAAUACAGCUGGGCGAAGACCGGGAGGGAAAUCAUGACGACAUAAGAGGCGUUCGGUCUUUGAAGCUUAAAAUGCGACAGAUUAAGGACAUCUAAAGACCUGGGUGUAAAAUCUUAAAUCUAAAAUGCUCACCAUAGUGCAUUUCAUAGAAUACUUACCAG